GGAAAGAAGCCACGGCGGAGCCAGAGGCACACCCCCUCCGCCGCCCGGCCCUCUCCCGCCGCUCGGCGUGCGCGGAUCGCCCGCAGCCCCAGCGCUCCGCCGGCCAUGCGCGGGGGGCGCAGCCCAGGGACGCCGCGGGGGUGAUGUGAGAAGGAGCCCGGCAUGCCGUACUUGGAUCGACAGAAUCGUAUCUGCGGGUUCCUGGACAUUGAAGAAAAUGAGACCUGCGGCAAGUUCCUGCGGAGGUAUUUCAUCCUGGACACCCAGGCCAACUGCCUCCUGUGGUACAUGGACAACCCUCAGAACCUGGCUAUCGGCGCGGGUGCUGUCGGAUCUCUGCAGCUGACCUAUAUCUCCAAGGUUAGCAUCGCCACCCCGAAACAGAAGCCGAAAACUCCGUUCUGCUUUGUUAUCAAUGCUUUAUCUCAGCGUUAUUUCUUACAAGCCAGCGAUCAGAAGGACCUGCAGGACUGGGUAGAGGCGCUGAACCGGGCCAGUAAGAUCACGGUGCCAAAGGGUGGCAGCAUCCCACCGGCCACGGAGAUCGCAAAGCCGCCGGUGUUGCCCCAGGCCCAGGAGAGGAAGCCCCAGGUGGCUUACAAAACCGAGAUCAUCGGGGGGGUGGUGGUCCACACGCCCAUCUCCAUCAACCAGAACGGCGGGCAUGGAGGGGAAGGCAGCGACGUGGCCGCCCACCCGCUGCUGCGGCGCUCGCAGAGCUACAUUCCCACCUCGGCCGCCAAGCCGCCCGCCGGGCCCCCCGUCCUCAAGAGCGGCUACUGCGUGAAGCAGGGGAACGUGAGGAAGAGCUGGAAGCGUCGGUACUUCGUUCUGGAUGAAUUUUCCAUCAGUUACUACAAGUGUGAGCAGGACAAGGAGCCCUUGCGUUCGAUUCUCCUGAAGGACGUUUGCAAGACCCACGAGUGCCUGGUCAAGUCUGGUGACCUCCUGAUGCGGGACAACCUCUUUGAGAUCAUAACGAGCUCCAGAACCUUCUACAUCCAGGCAGACAGCCCUGAGGACAUGCACAGCUGGAUCCGAAUGAUCACAGGGGCAGUCCAGGCCCUGAAAAACCGCCCGAGGGAAAUGUCCUUCAUGAGAUCCACCUCCAUGGUCAGGCCCGGGGGCUCCUCGGCCCCCUCCCAGCAGAGGCAGGCGGCAGAGGAGAGGAGAGCGCUGUGCAAAGCCCCCUCCACCUCCUCCUGGCAGCCCUGGACGCCGGUGCCGCAGGCGGAGGGGAAGCAGCCGGUGCCGGAGGAGGUGCCCGUGCCGAGAGACUCGGUGUUCGUGCCGGCCUUCACGGAGCGCGAUGCCGGAGCCGCGUCGGGCAAGCGCGUGCGGCACAAGUCGGAGCCGCAGCAUCUCAAGGAGAAGCCGUUUGCCUUCGACCUGGACGAUGAAAGCAUCCGGACCUCCGACGUCUGACCGGGUGCCGAGCCAUCCCCCGGCUCCGUGUGCCGCCUCCCCGGCUGCCGGGGGUCCCGCGGGGUGGUUCGGGGUGCGCAGCCAUGCCGUGCCUGGGAUGGCCGGUCUCCACGCAUCCGCUCAGCGCCUCGGACCGAGCUCACCCCGUCGUCUUGGCGGGGGUGAAGUGCCCCUUUCCUCCACUGCCGCCCUUCCCUGCCAUACAGGAUCCGGCUGGACCCGUGUCCCGGCACCCUGCUCUGCCGGGGAGGGGUCCCUGCCUGAUCCUGCCUGGGCUUUGCCCUGGGUGCCUCUGUGUUUUGGAAGCCGCCUCCGGGCAGGGCGACCUGCGGGCACGUCGUGCUGCCAUCGCUCGCUGCCAUCGCUCGCCGCGCAGGGUGGGAAGCGCUGCUCCCCGGCACAGCCUGGAUGAGGGGGCAUCCUUUUCUGUAACCGCAUAAUUUCCCCCCCCUAAACCAAGCCUGGAGGAAGCGACAGGAGGUCUCAGAGGUGUGAAGGGCGGUGUGGCCUUUCUUAUGUUUGGAAAAACAUUUUUCUCCCCUUCUUGUGCUGCUCAGCCUUUCCCAGGCGGCUGGGCAGAGCCAGGGAGAUGCCAGCCCGCAGCUGCCUGCACGAGGGACGUGCUGCGGCUUUCCCCAGGAGACCAGCUCUUUACACUGCCUGAGUAAUGGUGUAUCAACAAACCUGUUGGCUUUUAAUUAUGGUUUUUUUAAUAUCCGUGGCCAGUGUGAAGCCCCGGCACUGGCAGGCUUCCUGCUCAGCCCCUCCGUGAGCCCGGGCAGGCAGCCGGUGCGACGGUGGCUCCCGGGGUCGGGAGGAUCCCCAGGUACGGUGUCGGUUUUGCACUGCGUACGUCCGGGCAGCAGCAAAGCCGUGCCCGGGUGGUGAAGUGCUUGUAGCAAAAAGCAACAAAAGCCGAGCGUGUAAAUGAAACUGGGAAGACUUGUCCAGCCAACUCACCUGCUGCCUGCCUUGAAAUGAAAAUGAGCAGUUUUUAGAGCGAUGUGAACUCGUCAUUUCCAUAACCAAAUCGGCUCCUGUAGGAGGGGUGAUAAAUAGCGUGUAGAAAAUUCAGGUAUUCCCUAGGCAGCGAGAUCGCCCGAUAGCUUUACCGCCAGCUGUGUGCGGUACCGAGCGAGGACGCACCUCUCCGUCCUUGCUGUCAGCAGCGGGUUUUGUUGGUGUGGCUUCGGGAGAGCUGCGUCGAGCCCGCCCCGGCGUAGCUGCCGCUCAGCCCUGCGUUCGCACGCUCCCCUUCAGGUCUGACUCACCCGGACCCAAGGUGCCGGAGUGAGGGGUGUUUGCUGGGGCAGUGUCCCCGCGCCACGGAAAGCGGCACGUGUAGGAAAGCUUUAGCGCAAAAUUGCAGUGAGCUGAAGCAAGAGCAAGCGAAGGCGUCCUUCGCACGAAGCUGCGGCGCCCUGCGGGUAGCAGCACCCUGCCUGGGUGCCGGAGCCCUGGGCAAGGCUGCAGGAGGUGCCGGGGCUGAUGGACACGUGGGGUUUUAAAUGCGCUUGCCUUGGCCAAGCUGCGCUGCCGUGUGCCGUGUCAGGCAAGGGCACGCUCUUUGCCAUCUCAGAUGUGUGCCAGCUGAUAAAUCCGGGUGGCCGGUGUGGGAAUCGCGUUGCGAGCUUAGCGGCGCGUGGAGCGGUCUGGAGUUAACGAGGCUUCCCUUUACUGUGGACUGGUUACCUGUUCUUUUUUUCUUGUUCUUUUUUUUUGUGUGUGUGCGUGUGUACGUGUGUCAUCACAUGUUCUCUGCUCUGCAAAAUCAGCUCAAUGUGCUCCCCAGGAGCAAAAAAUCUGGUUUGUCCCUGCCCUUUCCAGCUCUCCAGCUGUUUGACAGCUGUGCUUCAGCCUAGCUCAGGCUCAGCCUGGGAUCAAGCAGAGCUUUAGCAGUUGAGCUCCGAGGUGUUGAUUAGCCCAAGGGAUUUUAACGAGUUUAAAACUGCAUCUUCCUGCAUCGAUCCUCUCCUGUGUCGGAAGCCUGGGCAGGUGCAGGUGAAGGUGCCUUGGUGCAGCCUGGGGGGGUGGUGGCGGGAUGUCCCAAAUUUGGGGUAAGAGUGGCUCAGAGGGGCUUCUGUGGAGGUGCUGGAGAACACUGAAACUACGAAAAUGAGUUGGGAAUCGAUGCAAACGGUACAGGGCGAGUGUUAAUAUUUGUUAUUUAAUUGUAGAAACCUAGAUCAUGCUGUUCCUUUUUCUUCUUUUUGCUUUAUUUGCACUAGUGUUUGAAUUUUAUUAUUAUUAUUUUUUUUUUUUAGGCUGACUUGCUGUUUGGCUCAUAAAAUGCUGUUUCAGAAGUGUUUUAGUAAUUUGGUAAGCCCAUCAAUCGUAGAGUCGCAGCAUUUGGUGAUAGCGCUCUGACCUCAUUUCUGGAGAACAUCAAAUGCAGAGGGAUGGUGGUUACUUUGUGCAAGGCUUCAAAACCACGGAGUACCAAGUACUUUUGUUGCUCGAUAAUUGCAAAGUUUCCUCGGGCCUGGGAUGGUAAAGCAGAAGCUCGUUGCACAAUUAGGGUUAAUUAUCCAGGAGGAGAAACUACCAGUGGCUCCAGCACUCUUGCGACAUUCCUGUUUCUCGUUCCCACCCUCCCCGCAUCCCCAGGACGGCGUGAGGCCUGAGCGGCAGACCGAAACGUGUGUUCAAAGUCGAGCCGGGCUCCAGACCCAUCCGUAACGCAGGCGGUGGCACGGGGAGGAAUUUCUUCCAUCCCCAAGGACCAGGCAGAUGCAGCCAGCCCUUGACGGAGCUUUGCAGCGUUGUUUUAAAGCAAACUGCUGUCCCUUCACCUCUGCGGUUGCCUCCCGGCUCUCCCGCGUGGGGAUGAAUGUAUUCCCCCCCCCCGCUCCCCGUUUGAAAGUGAAGCGUGUGCUGUGAGUUUCCCCGCUGUCCUGGGGAUGCGUGCAGGUUCGAGGGAUCUCGUGCGGAAAGAGCGGUGUGAGAGAUGGGUUUGCUCUUCUCUAUGAAAACGCUCAGGUGGUUUCAGCCAUUUCUGCGAGUGCCGGCUGUGGAUUUCAAGUGCUCUUAGGGCCGGGGUGCCUCACACGGGCGAUGCUCCCCGACCCCCGCGGUGCCGGUUACCUGCCUCCCGCCCCUCGCUGUAAAUGCUGGCUGCAGGAGAUGGAACCCUUUUUUUCCUCCUCUGUUUUUAAAUAAAGAAGGAAAUCCCA